UCCCUCCUCCUCCGAAACCCUAAUCCCCAAAUCACCCUGCCGGUAGCCGCGGGAUCCCCCAGCAAAUCGUCGGCCGGCAUGGCGAUCGCCCGCACCGGCGUGUACGUCGAUGACUACCUCGAGUACUCGAGCACCUUGGCCGGAGACCUGCAGAGGAUCCUCUCCACCAUGCGGGAGCUCGACGACAGGGCACAUGGCAUUAUGGGUCAGACCAAAGAGCAGAUAAAGUAUCUCCUGGGAGUAUCGUCCCAUGGGUAUGACAGGUCAAACAUGGAUGAUGACGAGUCGGACAGGAUGAAGAAGGAUAUAGAAGCUAGUCAGGACAAUGCUUUGAGCCUCUGCACCGAGAAAGUGUUGCUGGCACGCCAAGCUUAUGACCUGAUAGAGAGCCAUAUCAAACGCCUUGAUGAAGACCUGGGCCAGUUUGCAGAAGAUUUAAAGCAUGAAGGAAAGAUACCUCCAGAUGAACCUCCAGUCCUUCCUCCAGCUCCGGUGGUUAGCAGAGAUGAGAAAAGGAGGCUUGGUUUUAGUACACCUCAAUCAUCAAAGAAAUUUAGAGAGAGGGAGUGGGACAGGGAAAGGGGUAUCGACUUUGAUUUAAUGCCCCCUCCAGGUAGCAGCAAGAAAGCAGGUACAUCUAUGGAUUUGGAUCAAAUGAUUGAUCCAAAUGAACCAACGUAUUGUAUAUGCCACCAGGUUUCAUAUGGUGAUAUGAUUGCCUGUGAUAAUGAGAAUUGUGAAGGAGGCGAAUGGUUUCAUUACACGUGUGUGGGUUUGACUCCAGAAACGAGAUUCAAGGGAAAAUGGUUUUGCCCGACAUGCAGGAAUCUUCAAUGAGGGCUCUCCUCAGUUGUGUGUGUUUGCUCAACAGCGUCAAGGACGCAAAUGGUUCCUUGUGUGUUGGCCUGAAAACUGAAUUGAGAUUGAAGGGACAAUGGUUUUGCCCAAGAUACAAGAUCUUAUACCCGAGGUUGUCCAAAGUUGGUAGGGUGCAAAACUUGUCACAACUUGGAGCUGGAGCUUAAAGUGAGUUUAACAUUGGAGGCUUCUUCAUCUUUCCUUGUUCAGAAUAACUUAUGGGAUUUAGAAUGUUUGUAGUUGUGAUAAGCAAUGUUUGUAGAAUUGUAGUUGUGAUAUGCAACGCUGUGUUGUUCCUUGGUGCUGUUGACCACAUUGCUACUUAGCACCAUCACAUUGGACAUCUGUUGCAAUUUAGUGGGUUUAGACAAGCUUAA